AUGCCGCAGGCUGUCCACACCCCGUCUGACGUGGCGUAUGAUAUGCCCUUUGAGCCGUAUCCUGUGCAGAGGGGGAUGAUGCACACAAUCACCAAUUGUCUUCAAUCCUCGUCCCCAAUCCUUCCCGUGGCAGCGGUUGAGGUUCCCACUGGCUGCGGCAAGACGUUGGCCCUCCUGUCAAGUGUACUGCGCUAUCAGGCCACACUGGAGAAACUCACCCCACAGGAACUGGAGCAGCACAUGCGGUAUCGUCGAUGGAGACCGGCUGCGACAUCGUUGCCAAAGUCCUUGUUAGCUGAGGAGACUUUGGCGGGCAGUGGGAGGAGCAAAAGUAACUCGAAAGGGAAACGCAUCCCUGAUGACGCAGUGGACGGCGAAGAGAAGUGGCGGGUGCCAACCGAGUUUUUUAAACAGUUCCGUGCAAACAAUAGUAAACGUCUUCGUGUGGAGAUGGAUGGCACACCUUGGAGUCUUCGUCGGCAGCACGAGCCUCCAUCCUGCAGUGUUUUUUACGUUACACGAACCCACUCGCAAGUGCGUCAGGCUGUUGGGGAACUACGGAAGCUUCACGGUCUUCAUCGUCUCAAAAUGAAUAUUCUUGGAAGUAGAGAGCGAUACUGCAUUAAUAGCACCGUGCUGAAGGCACGAGCGAACAAUACACUACCAGUGGAGGGGAAUAACUUGGGUGAGAUUUGUGACAAGCUUGUUUCUCUUGGCCAAUGCGAGGCCGUUUGCAAUUAUGGGGUUCUUGGCAGCCGAGCCAUCAGCCAUCCACUCCAUCAAGGGCGGUUGGAGAAGGUGUGGGACAUGGAAGACUUGGUUGCAGAGGGGGUGGCGACUCAGAGCUGUCCAUACUACGCCACUAGAGAACUUGUAUUCUUUGCUCAUGUCAACUUUGCUACGUAUCAGUACCUCCUGGAUCCUCUUAUUCGCCACGAGUGCAAGAUGGAGGCGGCACUGAAAAACCAUUCUAUAAUUAUUUUUGAUGAGGCACAUAAUGUGCCGUCGGUUUGCCAAGACGCACUCUCGCUAGAGACAACGCUGGAUAACUUACGUCUUGUUGUGAGCGAAAUUGAGCCCCUCAUCACUUUUUCUACUUCCAUGGCAACACUCAGUUAUCCUCGGGAGUUCAAACUGACACACUGGACACUGGCAGAGCUCUUUUCACUUCUCUACGAUGUGUUCACUGCCAUUGUGAAGUUUGUGGAGAGGCAAGAAUGGAUUGACACAGAUACCCAUCAAACACCCCGGCGAAGGCUCAACGAUGAUGACGAUGAGGCUGAAGGGAAGAGAGGACCGACAUUGUCCGGCGAAGCUCUUGCUAAUGUCAUACAGCUUUGUAUUCUCGACCAUUUGCCCUUCACGUUUGGAACGGUUGGUAUGGAACAUGGGAAUGCUGCCCGCUGUUUAUCUAAUGCCUCGAUGGAUUCCGUGGUGAUGUUCCGUCAGGUUUACGGUAUUGUCAUGUCGUUGGGGGUUACGUUUAAUCCGUUUCAGUUUUCUAUUUUUGGUUUGUCCAUCAUGAAAAGGUGGCUUCUCGUGAUACGCUUCAUGCUGCAGAAACCAUCGGCCUUUGCGGUAAACAUUUGCGAUACCACUUUAAAUUGUGUUGCUCAGAAGGGGCUGGUGGAGCCACCUCCAUCGCUGCGAAGGACUGUGGGCAUUCGCUGCUUGGAUGGUAGUCUUGCGUUUCACCAUCUUUUGGCCGUCACCCAUCGUGUGGUGUUGGCGUCGGGGACACUGGCACCUUUCCACCAGCUUGGACAGGAUCUUGGCAUUUCGCCUUCCGACAUGGCAACUUAUGAGGGGUUGCAUAUAGCAGGCGUACACCAAUACCGAAUAUCCGUACUCACACACAUGAUGGAUGGUGCUCGACUUCACUGCAACUAUGAGAAUUUCAGAGACGCGUCUUUUAUUGACCGUCUGGUGUCUGUCAUUUUUGAAUUUGUCAAACAGGUAAGACUGGGUGGAGUGCUUGUGUUUCUGCCGAACUAUGUUGUCAUGCGGAUGGUGGGUUCAAGACUCUCUUCUCGAAUUUGUGAUGAGACGGGGCGGGAACUACGGAUAUUCAUAGAACCCAAAGAUGCGAUGGCGUUUUCUUCCAUCUUGGAUACAUUCCGUGUUGUGACGCGUCGGAGCACGGCUGUUUUCCUCUCUGUGUGUCGUGCGAAGGUGGGGGAGGGGAUUGACUUUGCGGACAACAUGGCCCGGCUUGUUAUUUGUGUGGGCAUCCCACUUCGACCACUUAACUCUUGGGUCGUUGAGGCGCAGAGAAGGUACAGUGGCGAGGAGUGGUAUGUCAUCGAUGCCAUACGUGCAGUGAAUCAAGCCCUGGGACGUUGCCUUCGGAACCGCCGUGACUACGGUGCGAUGUUGCUGUUGGAUGAUCGAUUUGAACGGGGGGCCUUUCAAAAACGACUCUCGAAGUGGUGCGCUGCUAGUUUAAAGGUCCACCACACACCUGCGUCCGUGCUGAAGGAGCUUUCCACCUUCUAUCGCCUUAUGACAGCGUCAAGUGCGGCGGAGAAGGAGCAGCCUCAACAAGAGCAGAGCGAAGAAGAAGAAAGAGGGGGAUUACGAGAGAGAACCAAAGCAUUUCAGUGUUUGGCUCCGCUUGACCGCGUGGCUCGGGUGUUGUCCGCAUCGGAGGCGAAUAGACAGCAUUCAAAUGCGAAAGCACCGUUGCCUUUUUCCCCAACGGCAAUGAACAAGCGUCCUCGGAUCACCACGUGCACGCAUGAGUGGAGCUGCACUGCGGUAAAGCUUCUGUACGAGGCUCACAACGCCGUGGAGGAUGUGGCUGCUGCGGAACUUCGUGACGCGUUACAUUUUCUCGAAGAGGAAUAUUUGGAAUUACCUGCUAAAAAGUAG